UCUGCUGAUCGGUUUGAUUUUGGUUUCCUGUUCUCCUCGCUUCGGUUUGAAAAACCGUACUGACCGUUGCCCACAUAUAAGAAUUUCAGCAACUUGAAGUGGGAUUAGUUUCAAUUUUUUAACUUUGAGGUGGAGUAUGUCUGAUUUCACUUCUGGUACGGUGUCGUUGAUAACAAUAUGAAUUCGGUCAUUUUUGAGCUUUUCAUUUUUCCCUCCCAUUUUUUCUUCUCAUCCAAAAAGAAAUGUUCCCCUUAAUUAGUAAAUUUUCCUUCUCUGAUAACUAGAGCUCACAAAAUCACUACAUAACCAAAGGCAGCAAAAAUGCAGAAUGAGGCUGGAAAUCCAGGACGAUGCUGCUUGUGUGGAUCUCAAAUCUCAUUCUUCAUGUUUUUAUGAAUUUGGGUGCAAGUUAGCACCUCUACAUUCGGAUCAUAUGGCUAUGCAUAUUAUAGUGUAUGAGGCACCUCAGUCCUCCCUGGCAGCCUUUAAGAAACGGCAGAUGGAUGGUCCAUGGUUUCAGAGUGCUUCAAUUCUUGGGAGGAAGAAAGAACCAUCUGAAUGGGUGAAAUUUUUAAGCCAAUGAUACUCUUAAUUCUUAUGAUGAUGCUGCAAUUGCAGUUUCUGGCCUUGCCUUAAGAUGAUACAAGGUGUUUGUACAUACAUAUUUGAAACAAAUCUAAUUCAGUCAUUCACCAAUUGGUGGUUAGAAGCUUUCAUUUUUCUCAGCUUUUCCCCCCUAAUAAUUAUUUUUCAACUAAAACAAUAGAAAAGGAAAAGGAAAUUGCUCAAAACGUAUUGCUGGUAGUCUGAGAGGGCAGUGCAAGUGUUGAUUCAAAUAUAUGGUUGCAAGCAACCAUGAAAACAUCUGCAUACUACUGUGUAUUUGAGUUUUAGUAAAUAUUGGUCUUCCUUUUGAUGCUUUGGGAAUAUCCUAAAAGAAAAGGCAAAAACAGAAUUUUAUGGUCCCUCAAUGUCUUUAUUAGCCAAUGGACCGAUGCGUUCAACAAAAAUGGACAUGACCAAUUUUAGGCAAGAUCUGCUAUAGGAUGAUGUCAUGAGAACUAGCAAGAAACUUCAUCCUUGAGUUUGAACAUUAUAAAAAUGGUUUUCUUCAUAGAAUUCUUGAUUUUAGUAAUCUUCUUUAUGUUUCUCUUU